AUGCCAAUGAGCUAUUCGAACUUCGAUGUGGAGACGCCCAAAGCAGUGGCGAAAAGGAAGGAGGAGGUGAAUGCAUUCCUGGAGCGGCACGCCUUUCCAGGGGUGAAUAGCUUGCGCGAUACCAGUGAUGUCUUUCAGCAUGUUCGUGUGAAGCAGCUAUAUCCUUUGGAUGUUGCCGAAGAACUAGGUGAUGAGAGGAUGAUGAGCUUGUUGAAAAUGUCAGGUGCUACGGAGCGUUCGACCUGCCGAAGCGCUGGAAGUGCUUUGGGCGGUUUGAGGAGCUUUCUUUCACUUCGCAGCAUGUCCUCUACAGCCUCCGCAGCCACGGCCAGUUCUGAAGCACCAGUGCCACAACGGAGCUGUCUGGCCAAGAAGAAGGUGGAGGAGACGGAUAUGGCAACGGAUGAGGAGAGUGUGGAGUCUGUGUGGGUUUGA